GUGCAAGAAUGUGAAAAUGGCAUUAGCCCACAACCGCAUGAAGUUAGUUUAACGCUAUUCGUAAGAAGAUGGUAUCCAGCUAAAAUGGAGUUGGGAAAAUUCGAAGAAAUAACGUUAAAUAAGGAUGACGAGUUGAGGGAAACAUUAUCUAAAUUAUCUGGUAUCGAAACUGAUCACAUUUCAUAUUGUAAAGUGAACAGUUCCUUCCCAUGUACAAAUAUAUCACUAGUGAGUAUUAAUACUAAUAUGAGCUGGACAUCAAUACCGGUGACAAUAGAUAAAUAUCCACUUUCUGCAACGGUUAGUGGUAAUAUUUACUUCUACAAAGAUGCAAUGGAAGAAACAAAAGAACUGUCGUCAGAGGAGCGAUUUGAAUUAUGCGCCAAAGAAAAACAUCGCCUUGAUCGUAUGGGUUGUAUCUCAUCUACAACAUCAUCGUACUCACCCCGCCGUGAACGUGCAUUAAAAAUUUAUCUCGAUUCUCCAAAAACAACAACAACUUCAUCGACAAAUACAACGACAACGGACAGACUUGACUAUUAAAGCUUAAAGUAAAAAAAAAAAAA